ACGAGGGAUAAUCAGUCGAGUUCAAGUGUUCGUGUGGGUAAGGCACUUCUAGGAAAUGACGGUCUCCGGUUGUUGUUUUGCCGCGGGUCUACUUUUGCUGAUUGGACUGACCGGUGGUGAUCCUAUUCCACGAUCAUGCGUGACUCCAUCGGGUUCUGCUGGGCAGUGCGUACCGCUGGAGCAGUGUUCGAAUCUGUACGCGAUCAAGCAGUUAUCUCCUGCGAAUGCAAAGAACGAUCUGCUGAAACGAGCCGAGUGUGAUGCGCUACCGGCGGGGAAAGGAGUCUGUUGCCAGCCGGAGCGGAUAUUCGCCCUGCCGGAAAAGUGCGGACUUGCCUCGUACGAUCGUAUUGCCAACGGGAACGAGACGGCCGUGUUCGAGUUUCCCUGGAUGGCGCUGCUGAUGUACCGGGAUACGCUCGAGGACGAACUGACGCCGAACUGUGGCGGAUCGUUGAUCAGCGAUCGGUACGUCCUGACGGCGGCCCAUUGUCUGACGGAGAACGCGCAUUCUAAGCUUGAGUUUGUGCGGCUUGGCGAGCACACGAUCAGCAAACAAGAAGACUGCAACAACUACACGCUGGAUGGCGUUGUAGAACUGGACUGCGCCGGACCGGUCGAGGAUGUGGCGAUCGAGUCGGUGAUCAAGCACAGCGAUCAUCGGCGCAAGUUUGGCGGGCACGACAUCGGGUUGAUUCGAUUGGCGAGGAAGAUCGUCUUCAAAGACCACAUCCAGCCAAUCUGCCUGCCGCUGCAUCCGGAGCUUAAAAAUGUCCUCCUCCCGGAAUACUACGUAGCCGGAUGGGGCUACACCGAAACCAUGGAACGAUCCGAUGUGCUGCUGAAGGCCAAGCUGGAGCGGGUUGAAACUCCGACGUGUCAGAAGCAAAUCGACGAGGUGGCCAGGACGUCGCGCAAGAAGAUCAAAAUUACGCUCGACGACAAGCAAAUCUGCGCGGGUGGGAAAGAUUUAGUGGACAGUUGUCAGGGGGACUCCGGCGGUCCGUUGAUGUGGCUGUCGAAGGUGCGGAAUCAGUCCCGGUACGUGCUGUUUGGGGUGGUUUCGUUCGGAAUCGAAAACUGUGGCUUGAUUAAUUUCCCCGGGGUUUACGUCCGCGUGGGAAGCUACCUCGGGUGGAUUAUGUCGAAUAUGAAAGCUUGAUAUUAAAAUAGAAUAAAACACUUUUUAUGGAAACCGA